AUGCCACCACCACUAGACGUGACCAGAAAUUACGUAGGGCAUGGUGUUGACACCAUAAACGCUCACAUCUCCAACCGAACCAUAGCCAACUCGGUGUCUUAUCUCCUUCCCAUCCUCGAAAUUCUUCCUGCAGAUUUCACUUUCUUAGAUGUUGGAUGCGGCCCCGCCAGCAUCACAAUUGACAUUGCCAAGCGCUACCCCUCGGCGACCAUCCUGGGCGUUGACGGCAGCCCGGCCGUAAUCAGCCAGGCCCGCGACGCCGCCCAGAAGGCCAAUGUUCACAACAUUCGCUUCGCCGUCGGGGAUGCCUUAGACCUGGCUCCUACGGCCAGCGAUCCAGGCUUCGAACUAAUCAAGGGAUCAUGUGACGUUGCUUAG